ACAGAAGGGCUGGUGGUCCCAAGAGCUUGUUAUCCGGGCGUGUGAGCGAUCUGGGGAGCAGAAAGCGGCUCCUACAGCCAUGGGUUGUUUCCGAACUUCACCAAGCCGUUCCUGGAUUUAUCCCACCAUGAUCCUCUGCUUAUUUGGAUUUUUCUCCAUGAUGAGACCCUCAGAUCCCUUCCUUAUCCCUUAUUUAUCUGGACCAGAUAAAAAUCUGACUAGCGCAGAGAUCACAAAUGAGAUUUUUCCUGUGUGGACAUACUCUUACUUGGUGCUGCUGCUCCCCGUGUUUAUCUUCACCGAUUACGUCCGCUACAAGCCGAUCAUCAUCUUACAAGGGAUUAGCUUUGUCAUUACCUGGCUGCUACUCUUGUUUGGCCAAGGAGUGAAGACCAUGCAGGUUGUGGAGUUCUUCUAUGGGAUCAUUACCGCCACCAAGGUGGCCUACUAUGCCUACAUUUACAGCGUGGUCAGCCCAGAACACUAUCAGAAAGUGAGCGAUUACUGCAGGAGCAUCACGCUGGUGGCCUACACGGCAGCCUCGGUGCUGGCUCAGCUCUUGGUAUCUCUGGCCAAUCUAUCCUACUUUUACCUCAAUGUCAUAUCCUUGGCGUCUGUCUCCAUGGCCUUCCUUCUCUCAUUUUUUAUACCAAUGCCCCAGAAAAGCAUGUUUUUUCAUGCAAAACCCAGAAAAGAAGUAGAGAAGCCGUCAUAUGUGAAUGAGGCGUUAGAUGAACCUCAUGAGGGUGAAGCAGCAGGUUAUGGGGAGGAGAAACCAACUUCAGUAAUACCUACCAUCUCGAGGAACCUGGAUGAUGGCUGGUUGAGGAGCCCAAAGCCAAAAAAUGUAGCUUUCAAAGUUUUUGUGCAGUGGUUCCAAGAUUUGAAAGAGGGCUACUCCUCAAAGCGUCUUUUUUACUGGUCCCUGUGGUGGGCUUUUUCCACAGCAGAUUUUAACCAGAUUUUCAACUAUGUUCAAAUCCUGUGGGAUUACAAGGCACCAUCCCAAAAUUCUUCCGUCUAUAAUGGGGCAAUAGAGGCUAUCGCAACCUUUGGAGGGGCUGUGGCUGCCUUUGCAGUGGAUUAUGUGAAAGUCAACUGGGACCUUCUGGGAGAGUUGGCUCUGGCGAUCUUCUCAGUUGUCAAUGCAGGCUCUCUCUUUCUCAUGCAUUACACAACCAACAUCUGGGCAUGCUACGCUGGCUAUUUAAUAUUCAAAACCAGCUAUAUUCUCCUUAUAACCAUAGCAGUAUUUCAGAUCACUGUUAAUCUGAGCGUGGAACGCUAUGCCCUGGUGUUUGGAAUCAACACCUUCCUUGCCCUGGUGAUUCGGACCCUUAUAACUGUGAUCAUAGUGGAUCAGAGAGGGCUCAACCUGCCAAUCAGCAUUCAGUUUUUAGUUUAUGGGAGUUAUUUUGCAGUCAUUGCUGGAAUUUUCUUAAUGAGAAGUAUAUACAUUAUCUAUGCAGCCAAAUGCCAAAAGAAGGUGCAGAGCUCUGCUACAAGUCAGAAUCCAUAUGGACCACACCCAGAGCAACUGAGGGAUGUCAUCAUGGAAACAAAGCUCUAAUCUUUUGUCAACUAUUACAACCUCUGCGCGAGAACUAUGCUGGUCACAAAGCCACUAAGUGCCAUAAAUUCAUAUGCUUUACAAGCGUGGUUUCCAAUGUACCUUUUCAAAACCACAACGAAAUGUCAGCUUUAGACCAGAUAUCUGUGUGCCCAGCUGAACUAGAUGCAGUCAACCGGGCCCAUCAUCUCAAUGAAACAACCCAUGUUGGCAACCCCAGUGAAUAGCAAUGACUGAAAAAUUCUGGUUUUGAUCACUUGCAAAAACAUGCAAAGGCGUGGAAAGAAACCAUGAGAAAGCUCCGGUCAUCCUGGAGUUGAUGUUCCCCAUUUGUGAGCAGAAACACUAACUGGACUGACCCUGUUGCUUGGCUUAGAUAUUUGUUUUACCUUACCAAAACAGGCAACACAUGUGGUGUUUUUGUCACAUGAGCCAUUUUUCUUCUUCCAUUACGUAUAUUUCUUUAUAACUUACAGUUCUCUGAGAUAAUUACAAGGUUUUGUCCCAUUUCUAAGGACUCUUCUUCAAUCUUGAUAACAUAGCACCAUUCACAAACUAUUAUUUGAUAAUAUCACCAUUUAAUUUUUUCAUGAUUAGUUUUUAUUUUGUGCUCAGCUGAGCUUAGUUGUUGAAACUCUACCUCAGGAAUAGCUUCAGACACUCCUGUGUGUCCACAGAAUGACAUUCAUGUCAAUUCCCAGUGGCCCUAGGAGAGGUAAUGAGCUUUCUCUCUACCGUGAGCUCAGGGAGGUGUUUUAAUGCUAUGUCAGGGUGAUGUCUGUCUAAAACAGAAAAACUGAAAUAGAAAUGUCCAAGGGGUUUCUAGAAGUAUUUGUAAAAUACUAAGAAAACACUCAUGAGGGGGACCUUUAAUUUUUCAAUGGUAGAGAUUGUGCUAUAUAAAAUAAUGCAUGCAAAAAUAUUAAAGAGCCUUUCUAAUUUUUUGAUGAAUUGCGCAGAAAAUUGUCUUUCCUUUGAAACUUCAGUAGAGGAUGCAUUGAGCAUUCUGUCACUGGGAAUAAAGAAUGCUGUUUCAAGAUUUGUAUUUCAAAUAUAUUUUUCUCCAAGUCCCAAAAUUCAAUCACUGGACUGAAAAUAAAAUUCAGCCCCAAAGCCAACACGCUCAUUUAGUGGAGAGAACUAAAAACAUUCCUACAUACAUCAAAAGCAAGGAAAAGAUGACCGGUAUUAUCCUUCUUACUUAACUUGUUGUGCUGAAGGCAUUAGCCAACACAAUUAGACAAGCAAAAAAAAAUUAGAAGUCAGAACUUAGAAAGGAGAAGGCAAAAUUAUUAUUAUUCCAGAGGCUAGAAGCCUAUACCCGAGAGACUCAACUAAAAACCAAGAUAGUAGUAUAGGAAAUAAGUAUAUCAAAACAAACAGCUUUCAUGAUAAACUGUCUAGAAGAUACAUGGGCCUAAAAGACCCCAUUUCUAAUAGCACAAAAAUAAUAUGAUUUAUAAGAUUACAUUUAAUUACUUAAUAAUUUCAUAAAAGUGUAGGACAUAUAUGAAUAUACCUGAAAACACUUUUAAAGAUGAACGCUUUUUAAAGUGGAAAAAUGAGAUUAAAUUAUUUGCAGAAAGUGAAAUCCUACUGUAAACUCUUAAUUUCAAUAACAUAGAAGCAUGAAAAGACAGUCCCAUGGGAGAGAGUAGAAAGUUUUGAAUUAGUCCCUAAUUCAUAAGGGAUUUAAGACUAUGAUAAAGAUGGCAUUCAUACUAGAUGAAGAAAAAGAGGGAGUAUUUAAUAAGAUUGGAACAAUUUUUUUUCAAAGGAAAAAUUAAGUUUGACACAGGAGUGUUCGAAUAACUCCAUCAAUAUGUAAUGUAUAUGUAUCAAUAUGCAAAUGUAAAAUAUGAAACUACAAAAAUACCAGAAGAAAAUAUGUAAGAAUUAUUUUAUGACCACAAGAGCUUUAAAAGGAAAAUAAAACCUAGAAAUUGUAAAAAGAUGAAUUGACAGUGUAACACUAAACUAUACAUGGAAGAAAAAACACUAUAAUUUGGGCUGGCCCCAUGGCCUAGUGGUUAAGUUUGGCACGCUCUGCUUCAGCAGCCCAGAUUCAGUUCCCAGACGCAGAUCUACACCACUCAUCAGCAGCCAUGCUGUGGCUCACAUACAAAAUAGAGGAAAAUUGGCACAGAUGUUAGCUCAGGGUGAAUCUUCCUCAAGCAAAAAAACAAGAACAAAAAAAAAACAGUAUAAGCAAAGCCAAAAGACAAGUGAUAAUCUGGAGAAAAUAUUGCAACUUAUCAAAGCUACUUUCCCUAACUUAUAAAGAAACAAUGCAGCGGUACGUGUGUGUGGUGAUGGGUUGUAAUUAGUAUUUUGGUGGUGAACAUGAUGUAAUCUAUGCAGAAA